UACUUCCGGGCGGCAGCGUGCAAAAAAGCAGUCGUAAGAGUAACGACUUUGGCUUGAUAGACCUUGCAUCCCUGGAAAUAAUCAGAUAUCGACAUGGUGAAAUUAUCAGCGGAGCUUAUUGAGCAGGCGGCCCAGUAUACGAACCCUGUUCGAGAUAGAGAACUGGAUCUCCGAGGUUAUAAAAUACCUGUUCUGGAAAAUCUCGGAGCAACUCUUGACCAGUUUGAUACAAUCGAUUUCUCUGACAAUGAAAUCCGAAAACUGGACGGUUUCCCCUUGCUAAAGAGACUGAAAACACUUCUGAUGAAUAAUAACAGGAUAUGUCGGAUAGGCGAGGGUCUUGAGCAUUCCCUGCCGAGCUUGAAAGAGUUGGUACUUACCAACAACAACAUCCAAGAGCUGGGAGACUUGGACCCCCUUGCGUCAAUCAAGACAUUAACCCUGCUCAGCCUUUUAAGGAACCCUGUCACGAACAAGAGACAUUACAGGCUUUAUGUGAUCAACAAAAUUCCUCAAAUACGAGUGCUUGAUUUUCAGAAGGUGAAAUUAAAGGAGCGCCAGGAGGCGGAGAAAAUGUUCAAAGGCAAACGAGGUGCACAGCUUGCAAAGGAUAUUGCCAAGCGAACAAAAACGUUCACCCCUGGUGCCACACUGCAGGCUGAGAAGAAGAAAGCUGGGCCUUCCCCGGCAGAUGUUGAAGCCAUUAAGAAUGCCAUUGCUAAUGCCACAUCCCUGGCAGAGGUGGAGAGGUUGAAAGGUCUGCUGCAGGCUGGUCAAAUUCCAGGGAGAGAUAUUAAGCAAGGCCCUUCGGGUGUGGAGGAGGAGGAGGAGGAAGAGGAGGAAAACGAAGAGGAGGUUGCUCAGGCUGAAACGGUAGUCCACAUGGAGGAAGAAGCUGCAGGUGGAGAGAUGGAGGAUGGAAGGGAGGAGGAAGAGGAAGAGGAGGAAGAACGUGGAGAGGAGGAGGAUGAGGAAGAGGAGGAUGACGAGGAGGAAGACGAAGAGGAGGAAAUGGAAGAUGCUCCCGUCAAUGGGUCUGCAUAGAUGCAAAAAUCAUUGAGCCCUAAUUUCAGUUUGUGCUUUUUUUUUUUUGUCUGGUUGUGCACAGCAUGUUAUGUUGAAUUGUAAAAUAACUUUAAAGACAUUAAACAUUUUUGUAAAUAAACAAGAUUUACACCUAUUUUUUAUUUUGGCUUGUGCAUAAUGUGAAGUAAAUCUUUUGGCUUGAGAAAUCAAAACUUGAUCAGUGACUAACUGGCAGCAGCUGUCGUCAUUGAUAUAGUUUGCUUGAUGUUCCUUGUUAAAGCCUUAAUACAGCAAUAGUCCAGUAAUUUUGUUAAGCUUGAACAUUAUCAUGCUUGUUUAGCAGUGGCAGGGUUUAAUGCUCCCUUAUUUGAUAUUUGAAAACAUUUUUGUUAUGACACCUGUAAGUGUACAGAGGUAAUUUUUAUUUUUGUUAACUGAAAUGCAUUUACCAAGGGGGUUACAAGGUACUAGUGGUUAUCAUCCAGCAAAUGUGUAUGGAGCAUAUAGGUAGUAUUUAGUUAUGAGUUCCUGUAAAAGUCUGUAUCUGAGCAGUUCUCAUUAAUGCCAUCAUUGUGUUUAUUUGGGAGACACUAGACUUGAUGUAAGUGAACACUUCAGUGGGUGUUGAUUCACUCUGUUGAGCCUAAUCACCCCCUGUUGGACAUAACCAGUUGAAAUACUCAAUUUUAAGUGGAGAAGUGGGGUUACAUAUGAUUUGUUAAUCUAUUUCAAAGAUAAAUGGAUUGACCAAAAUGAAGUAACGCUGGGUGUUUCACUGCUUGUCUGGCUGAAUUUGUGAGUCUCUCUCUGUUAGAUAUUUUAUAUGGACUGUUAGUAUAACCUUUUGCUGAAGUGUUUGACUGGUUUAAAGUGUGCUCAGUGGAAAAACUGCCAGUCAGGGUCUGUUAAUAAAAGGCUAAUUAAAAGCACAGAGGAAACGAGGCUUUUUCCAGAUGUACAGUACAGAGGUUGUGGCUUACGAGCAGCCUUUCCAAAACCACCCACAUUCUCAAUGUGCAGCGUCUGCAAGAUUGGUGGAUGUUGUUUGUAUCCAAAGCCUUUGUGAAGGUUGAAGUUCACAGUAUGGUGUGUAUUAUACGGUUUAAUCUAACGGAUCAAACACAUUGAUGUGAAAGAGGACGGUCCUCAUCUAGUGGAGACAGUGCAAGAGGUACAUUGCUGCAGACCUUUUACCUUCCUUAUGAGCUGGCCGAAGGUUGAUUAAAUUUGAAAUUAAAUUCAAACGAAUCAUCUGAUUAUA